AAAAUGCAUGGUUGAAAUUUGAAUUAUAAUUACCAUACCUUCUCUAACAAAAUUUUCCCAAACACUGCCUUAAAACGCCAACCACCAAAAAAAAAUUGAGUCCAUGCAGUCUCAUUCUUUUGCCUCUUAACACACUCUCAACGGAACAUGAAAUUCCUACCAGUGAAGAAGAAGCCAAGAACCCUAACCCACCCUCAACAACUCAAACAAAACCAUAACAACAUGACGGGAACAACAAGAUGGCCUCAUUUCUCACCAUGCAACCCCACCAACCCCUUCAUCUUCUCACCUGCAGAUUCUGUAUUUAAAGAUGACAACUCACAACUUUCUUCUGCAAGAACCUUCAACAGCUCGCACACCGCAACAGAUUGUAGAUAUGACUCCUCUGGUAGCAGCCAAGCUUGGAGCAUGAAGUCUCUCUUGGCCAUCUUGCCAGAUUCUCCAUCACCUGUUUGCAGCAGUUGUCCAAGCCCCUCUACCCCUAGCUCAUUCUUUCCUUCCUCGGAUGCAUUCUCUUCUCGGAUGUCUACGGAGUUAUCCACCCAAAGAAACAAGAGCUCCUGCAUCGUAUCCAAUAUCAGUAAGCGAUCAGCAUCCCUUGUUGAAAUAGAUGAAUGGAUGAAGCAUGCCAAUGGUUUCUUUCAGCCCAAUUUGCAGAAGCACCAGCCUAGAGGCAUGGAAAACGAAAACUCCAGCAUGAAAUUACUUCCAAUAUGUGAAGAGAGAACCCUUGGAGACAGCAUAUAUGUGGGCCACGUUGAUAGUUGUAGCCCAAUCACUGGCGAUAUCAGAAUGCUGACUCGACCCAAACCCUACCAUGCAUUCUUAGACGAAAUCAAGAAACAAGAGGCUGAAGCUCAAGUAGAUGCAUCUAGAAAAGCUGCACAAAUGAAAUUCAUGAAGAAGCUGAAAGGUAAAGAAGCUGCCAUACGUGAGUGGGAAUCUAGAAAGACCAAGAUUGCCACGACUCAGAUGAAGAAAAUAGAGGACAAGCUGGAGAACAGACGGACAAAAGCAUUAGAAAAGAUGCAGAAGAAAAUAAGCAAAGCCCAGAAAAAGGCGAACAAGAAGAAAGUGAAAGAGAGACAGUCAAUAUUCAAGAAGAUAUCAAGAGCCAUUGAAGCUGCAGAGAUUGAAGCCACCAAAAAAAGUACAAAAUGCCUCAGUUUGACAAGGAUAUGUUAGUUCAAAUGCAGGGCAUUUGCAAUUAAUGUAACUUCAGUCAAAAUCAAGCAAAACCUAACUUCAAGCUCAUGUAAUAAAACUUGUGGUUCAAUGACAUACUCACCUUGCAUAA